AUGGAAUCUUUUCCAUGCGGUGACAAACGUCUACCACACCACGUUUUCCCACCAAAGUUCAUCAGUAUCGACCAGUUGACUCAAGUCUCUGGAGUCGUUCAUUAUAAAGUAAGCUUUAGUUUUUAUUCAUACACAGUUCUACCCACCCUAACCUACCCAACCCUACCCUAUCCUAUUCAGCCCUAAUAAUUGUGUUUUACCCUAGCCAUACCCAAGCCUUAUGCUGAACACCUCACCCCAUAUCCUUACUUGCCUUGCGUUACUCUACCGUACCUUAUCUUAACCUACCCUGCCCUACUUUACUUGAUUCUACCCUACCCUGCGCACCCCUCCCUACCUUAACCUAAUCUGAAAAUUCUUUUGCUCCACCUGUUCUUACUCACUUCUACCCCACCCUGCCCACUCCAAUUACUAAAAUGACAUUCCCUUUUAUAGGUAGACCUAAAAGACACCGUAGCCAUGAAGAAGCGGUUGAGCCGAGUCCGCAACGAGACUGGCUAUACCCAAUCCGACAUUCUGACCCUAAACGAAGAGAUUCAGGGUUUUGAAGAGAAGCUAGACGACCUAUACGAGCCAGUAGAACAACAUGACGACAUGUUAUGCAUGGUACUGGAAGGUGGGCUCUACUGUGAUGUUGAGAUUGAUGAAGAUGAAUGGAUUCGGAUUCAGCUCGAAGAUGGAGACUUGAUUGUUGUACCUAAAGAUCGACCUUACCGAUAUACUACUACCGCCAAAAACUUUGUCCGGCUUCAGAGAUUCGCCAGACGUGACGAUGAUGUUGCGCAGGGAUGA